AUGGAUCAGACGGCUAUUCAUGAACUCUCGCUUACUACGUUAGAACAAAGGAUGACACUCGCCGCGAAUUCUACCGCUAGAAUGAUGCAGUUCAGCGAAGACAUCAUCAAACAGCUCACUCCGGAAGAAGUCGAUGAAUUCCGAGAGGCAUUCAUGAUGUUUGACAAAGACGGCAACGGAACGAUUUCAACCAAGGAACUGGGCAUUGCUAUGCGAUCUUUAGGGCAAAAUCCAACGGAGCAGGAAAUUCAAGAAAUGAUCAAUGAAGUUGACUUGGAUGGUAAUGGACAAAUUGAGUUCCCCGAAUUUUGCGUUAUGAUGAAGAGAAUGAUGAAGGAAACCGACUCUGAAAUGAUCCGUGAAGCAUUCCGUGUAUUCGACAAAGAUGGAAACGGUGUGAUCACUGCCCAGGAGUUUCGAUACUUUAUGGUGGCGGAUAGGGGGCUAACCGCGGACCAAAAGCGACCUUGUGCUUGCCCAGAGACGCAGGUGGAUUCAGGGGAUGGACUCCCUGCUUCUGCUGUGCCAGGACUGACUCGUAAAAUCAUUGUAUCCCGCACGUCGGUCCGGCCAAAAGCCUGCAAUCAAUUGACUGGGAGGUGCAAGGGAGGCGGUUUGGAGUCGCCUCCAACAAAUAAGCUCCACAUGUCCACUCUGGGAGAACGGAAGUUCUCCCAAAAACCCAUGGGACUAGAGGCUUGCAACCUGCCCGUGGGUUUUAAAUUUCAUGCAAAAAACAGUAAUAGAAAAGAGUCUCCUGACUCCGGUAGAAAGCCUGGUACGGUAGCGCCAGGUAGGACGGGGUUGCAGGAGUCAUGUAGGCUACCGAAACGGAAAAGGACUAGGAUGACGAUCUGUACUUAUAAUGCACGCACGCUUGCAUCGGAAGCGGCCAUCGAAGAUCUGAUGGUGCAAGCCAAGAAGAUCAAGUACGACGUCAUCGGACUGACCGAGACGAGACGACGUCACUCUCUCAACGCUGUAUUUGAAACUGGAGAAGAACUGUUCUUAGGAACAUGCGACAGUAGAGGUGUUGGUGGAGUUGGCGUCCUCGUCAACACGAGUAUGGCACAGAACAUCGACUCUUUCGAACAACUCACGACCCGAAUCGGACGUCUGCGGAUGAGAAGAUGUGGUCCCACACCGGCUUUGACUAUCUUCGUCGCUUACGCUCCAACAUCAAGCUACGAAGAAGAAGAAGUCGAAGCUUUCUAUAUGGACCUGGAGAAGUUCUACCGAGAAGAUCAUGCCUUUUACAAGGUCAUAAUUGGCGACUUCAACGCCAAAAAGCCCUCCUCUCUACGCUGGACGUGGGAGUCACCCGGUGGAGGGUACCGUAAUGAGAUAGACCACAUCAUCGUCAAUAAAAGGUUCUGCCUGACGGAUGUCGCUGUUGUACCAAAGUUCUAUACGGGAUCGGACCAUCGCCUCCUCCGAGGAAGAUUUUCUUUCACGCGGAGAGCAGAGAAAGCCGCCAAGUUCAGCAAGAGAAAUCCCAGAACUACCAUCAACUGGGAUCUCUUCGCUACGUUAGCCGGCUUUUGGGAAGAUUCCGCAAUGGACAACAUCGACGAGGAAUACGACCGGCUUGUCAAACACCUUCAUGACUGCGCGAAGAAGGCUGAGAGUAUUAAAACAACCAAGAGACGCCUGUCUCUUGAAACUCUUGAGCUGAUACGCCAGCGUGGAGCAGCACGAGCCGCAGGGAACCAAGAGCUCACGUCCGAGCUCGCAAGGCUUUGCAGAGAGGCGAUAAAGAAAGACCUUAAAGAGAGAAGAGCAGAAGUGCUGGCUGAAGCAGCAGAGGCGGGAAAAACCAUCCGCUAUGCCCGCCGAGACUUCGCCAGUCGCAAGACAAGGAUGACAGCUCUCCGGAACCCGAAGGGAACAACCAUUGCAUCGAGAAGGGGAAUGGAGAAAAUCAUCUACGACUUCUACUCUGAUCUCUUCGACAGCCGUGCCCACUUGCCUCCUCACCAUCUGAGGGAAGAUGGACAUGUCAUUCCAGCGGUUCUCCCGUCCGAAAUACGACAUGCUAUCAUGUCGGUGAGAAAUCGUACAGCAGCCGGUCCCGACAGAAUAAGACCAGAACACCUGAAGAGCCUUCCGCCAGUACUCAUCAACACCCUGGCGAGGCUCUUUACACGUUAUCUGUCGGAAUGCAAGGUUCCUAAACAGUGGAAGACCAGCAAGACCGUGUUGUUGUAUAAAAAGGGAGAUCCACAUGACAUCGGCAACUAUCGCCCAAUCUGCUUACUGUCCGUCAUCUACAAGCUCUUCACAAGAGUGAUCCUUAAUAGGAUUGAAAAGGUCUUGGAUGAAGGACAACCAUGCGAGCAAGCAGGGUUUCGAAAAGGAUUCAGCACGAUCGACCAUAUUCACACUGUUUCGAGACUCAUCGAGGUAUCACGAGAGUACAAGAUGCCGCUCUGUCUCACUUUCAUCGACUUGAAGAAGGCCUUUGACUCAGUUGAGACGGAAGCGGUCGUGGAAGCCUUGGACAACCAAGGCGUUCCCACUCAGUACAUAAAGGUGCUUCGAGAGUUGUACAGUAACUUCACGACCGGAAUCUCGCCAUUCUACAAGAAUAUCAUCAUUGACGUGAAGAGGGGGGUUCGACAGGGUGAUACAAUCUCACCCAAAAUAUUCACAGCCACCCUCGAGAACGCAAUGCGAAAGUUGGAAUGGGACGACAUGGGAGUGAAGAUCGAUGGUCGGCAGCUACACCAUUUGCGCUUUGCUGAUGACAUCGUACUGAUAACACCUAGCAUCAGCCAAGCGGAACGAAUGCUGACCGAAUUCGCCGAAACAUGUGGAUGCAUCGGUCUUGAGCUGAAUCUUCAAAAGACGAUGUUCAUGCGGAACGGAUGGAUCUCGGAUGCCCCAUUCACGCUCAACGGAACGAACAUAUCCGAAUGCACCAGCUACGUCUAUCUGGGUCGGGAAUUGAACAUGAUGAACGACCUGGCCCCCGAGCUGGGCAGGAGGAGAAGAGCGGCUUGGGGAGCGUACAAGAGCAUCGAGGACGUAGUGAAGAAGACCAAGAACACCCGGCUCCGUGCUCACCUCUUCAACACCACCGUACUUCCUGCUUUGACCUAUGCCUCAGAAACCUGGGCACUUCGCAAGCAGGAAGAAAACGCGGUGCACAUGGGCAUGCAAUUUUCCGAGGAGGAAGUAGAUGAGAUGAUUCGAGAAGUUGAUGUUGACGGAGACGGUGAAAUCGACUAUGAAGAAUUUGUGAAGAUGAUGUCAGAACGAUAA